AUGGACGCGCGCGCCCUCCUCCAGUCGCAGGGAUGGCGCGGAAGCGGCCACUCCCUCCACGCGACAGACGACCGCAUCGGCCUCGCGAAGCCGCUCCUCCUGAAUCGCAAAGACAACACCAAAGGUCUGGGCACGAAAGCGCACUUUACUAGCGACACAUGGUGGAUGAACGCCUUUGACGAGCAGCUGCAAGGGUUGGAUACUUCGAAACCGGGCCAAGUGACGCAGACGGUGACGGCGGGCCGGCUGAACCAGAUUGAGAAAGUGUCGGGGGGCAAGUGGAUGCUGUAUGCGAGUUUUGUCAAGGGCGGGUUCUUGGAGGGGACGAUUGAGGGGUUGGAGAGAAUGAAGCAGGAGGGGCAGGUGGAGGAGAGGGUUAGGGAAGUUACUGGUGCUGUGGCGCCGACAAGUUGGGGUAUAUCCAAAAAGCAUUGUUUGAUAGAUAGAAGAUAG